AUGGCCGCCACCAACACCUCGGAGUUCAAUCCUCGGACCCAACUGGUCCCGCACAUCGUCGAUCAUUAUGCCACCAUCAAGCCCGAGGCCAUCUACGCCGAGUAUCCCGUGUCGCUCAUGACCUACGAGGACGGCUACCGACCCAUUACGUUCAAGGCAUUUGCCAAUGCUGUCAAUGGCAUCGCCUGGUGGCUCGUGGAAAAGCUUGGCCGCGGGGACGGCGAGAUUCUGGCCUAUGUGGGACCGAAUGAUCUCCGGUACCCGGCCUUGGUGCUGGGCGCCGUCAAAGCGGGAUACCGCAUGUUUCUGACAUCCCCCCGCAACAGCGUGGCCGCUCACAGCAGCCUGUUGCAACGGCUCAACUGCACCAAGCUGGUCGCGCCAGUGCCGCGUCCACCCCCCGUCACAGCCAUCCUGGAGGCACAGACGCUGGACGUUCUCGAUGUCCCCAGUGUGGAUGACUUGAUCAACACGGAGUAUCCGCAUUUCGAGUUCACCAAGACUUAUCCCGAGGCGGCCAGGGAGACACUGGCGGUGAUACACACCUCGGGGUCUACGGGCAUCCCCAAGCCGAUCUUCUGGACCCAUGACACCGCCUGCAAACACAUGCAUAUGACGGCCUUGGAUCCGCCAGAGGGUUUCGAAAAUCAGCACCAAUGGUUGUUUGGUAAGCGGAUCUUCUUGGUUCCGCCUCCUUUUCACGCCGCCGGUCUGGCAUAUUCGCUAUUCAUCACCAUCCCCGUCGGCACAACCGUCAUCUUUCCCGCAUCUGCCGGGCUUCCCACGGCCGCCGCACUGGUGGAAGCGAGAAAAAAGACACACAUCGACGUUCUCCUCGGCGUGCCAUCCAUCAUCCAGGAACUAUCACAAAGCCCCGAGCUGCUCGACUACUGCAGCCAGCACAUGGAGCGCUUGGUGUAUUGUGGAGGCGAUCUCCCCCAGCCCAUCGGCGACACGGUCGCAGCCAAGAUCCCCCUGAUGAAUCUGUAUGGCGCCUCGGAAGUAGGCAUGAUCAGCUCGGUUCACUCCAAAACCAACCGCGAUCCUCGCACAGAUUGGCGGUAUAUCAAUAUCAACCCCCGGAUGGGCGCUGAGCUGCGCCACGUCGCCGACGGGGAGUACGAGCUCGUCGUGGUCCGCAACCCCGAGUUCGAAGCCCACCAGUUCUCGUUUACUGUCUUCCCGGAUCGACAGGAGUAUCAUACCAGUGAUCUGUUUGUUCGGCAUCCCGACCCGAACAAGCCCGAUCUGUGGCGCUGGAGUGCCCGGGCCGACGAUGUGAUUGUGUUUCUCAAUGGCGAGAAGACCAACCCGGUGUCGAUGGAGCAACACAUUGCCGCAUCUAACCCGGAGGUCACGGCCGCGUUGGUGGCCGGCGCGCGCCGCUUCCAGGCCUCGUUGCUGGUGGAGCUGGGCGACAAGGACUUGAAUGCGACCGAACGCGCCGCCAUGAUCGAGAAACUCUGGCCCAGCAUUGAAGAGGCCAAUGCGGUGUGUCCGGCCCAUGCGCGCGUCGCCAAGACCCAUAUCUUGUUCACCAAGCCCGACAAGCCGAUGCUGCGCGCGGGCAAGGGCACCAUUCAACGAGCUGGUACCUUGGUCCUGUAUGGGCCCGAGCUGGAUGCCCUGUAUGCCGAUGCGGAUCAAUUGACGCAGGUCGACAGUGAAGCGUCUGGUCCCGGCCGUGUGGAUGAUCCUCAGGUUCUCUCGGAUUAUAUCCGACAGUCGCUGAUGGAGAUUACGGGCUGGAACCCGGACCAGCUCACCGACACGGAGAAUUUCUUCCAUCUCGGUCUGGACUCUCUGCAGGCGAUCACCGCCACGCGGACAUUCCGACGAGGCCUUGCUCUGCCGGAAUUCAGCCCGAACCUGAUCUAUCUCCAUCCCAGUGUGACCGAACUGACCGAGGCGGUGCGGCGCACGCAGCAACACCAGGAGGCGUCGGCCGAGGCCACGAAGCAAGCCCAGCUGCAACAGCGCGACCAGCUGCUCCAGGAGUUCACGGCGCAAAUCACCUCCCACGAACCCACCAGCCCCUCUGUGCCCACCUCCCACACCGUCAUCCUCACCGGCUCCACCGGUAACCUAGGCACCUACAUCCUCAACGCCCUCCUGAAAACCCCAUCGGUAACCCACGUACACUGCCUGAACCGCAACGACAACGCCGCCGACGUCCAGCGUCAAAAGAGCGCGGCCUACUCCUUGAACCGAGAUCUCUCUCGCAUCAGCUUCUGGACCGCCGACCUCUCCCAGCCCGACUUCAACCUCCCAUCCGACAUCCUCCAAACCCUACAAACCACCACCACCCUCAUCAUCCACAACGCCUGGGCCGUCAACUUCAACCUCUCCCUCCCCUCCUUCAAACCCAACCUCGCCAGCGUCAUCAACCUCAUCAACUUCAGCGCCCAGGCCACCCACUCCCCGCACCUCUUCUUCAUCUCCUCCAUCAGCUCCACCAUGGGCCACCGCACCGACUCCGGACUCACCCCGGAGACCGUCAUCCAGACCACCACCCCCGCUCCCAACGGCUACGCAGAGAGCAAGUACCUCGCCGAACACCUCCUCGACCACGCCGCCCGCCAGAGCCACAUCCGUGCUUCGUUCGCGCGCGUGGGGCAGGUGGCCGGGGCCGUGCGUUCCCCGGGGCUCUGGAACAAGGCGGAGUGGUUCCCGAGUCUCGUCCUCAGCUCGCUCCACGUCGGUGCCCUACCGGAUACGUUCGGUCCGGCCCUCGAUCGCAUCGAUUGGAUCCCGAUUGAUUUGUUGGCUGAGGUGCUCGUCGAGUUGGCACUGGAUGACCACAAACCAGCGGAGGGAGCAGUGAACGUAUACCACCCCGUGAACCUCCACCCCCUCACCUGGGAGACCAUCCGACCGGUGGUAUCAGCCGCCCUGUCCAAGGGAUCCGGGACGACGAUCGCGACGGUCCCCUUCCGGGAAUGGGUGCAGCGCGUGCGGUCGGAUAUCGAGACCGUCGGUGCGGGGCCGAAGUUGUCCGAGGGGGAACUGCAGGCGGUGCUGGCGCGGAAUCCGGCGGGGAAGUUGUUGGAGUUUUUUGAGGGGAUUAUGGCGCAGACGGGGCGGGAGAAUGUUCUUGAUACGACGGGGACGGAGGGGUUGAGUGAGCGGUUGCGCGGGGUGGAGGCGGUACAGGCGGAGUGGGUUGAGAAAUGGGUGGGGGAGUGGCUUGGUUGAGAAGUGGAUAUAGAUCCCUCUGGUAGAAGCAUGUCUGGGGCUAUGGGUAGAUGCAAGUGACCAAUGUACGGAAUCGUACGCU